CUACGGACACCGUAGGACUCUUUAAUGAUCAUAUGACCACGCGCUUCUCCCAUCCUUUGUUGUCGCGGAAGUAAAGACCCAUCAGUGGUAGCUAGCAAAAGUGGUUAACAGUUAACUCAAGCAGUUUACCUUCCCAAAAAGUAUACUUAACUGGGUGUGUCUCCCAUAGACACCAAUGCAAUAGCAGCUGGGUCUGACUUCCAUGGAAACAGGAAAAAAAACAGCGAGUCGCUUCCUCUUCCGUCUCUGGUAGUUUGCUAUUGUAUUGUCUUUUCCGACUGAACAUUAUCUUUAGAAACAUAACACUAGUCAGAUAAAAUGUUGUUCCAGGAGAAUAUAACCAAUUGUGUUACCUUUCAGACCAAAAUAACCUCGGUUAUGGAUGUGUUAGCCAAAGCUGCGGUGGCAGAAAUAAGUAAAAUGUUCGAUGAUGGUUUUACUGUUUUACGCUUGGAAAUGUGUCGAAGAGAAAAUGAAAUCGAAGCGUUAAAAAGAAAAUUAUUGUUUGUGGAGAACGAACGGCAAAGGACGACGUCCAAAGCGCGAGAAGCAGGCUGUUCUUCAACAUGCUCUUUGUCUUCCAGCAGAACAGAGCAGGGGUCCAAGGGGUCUGAUAAGGAUGCUGGUGAAUGGACUUCAUUUGAGCAGACCGCGAGAGACAAAGUGUUCACACCUAAAGAUGACCAACGGGAUCAAAAUAGACCACAGCCACCUAAAGAAUCAGUAGUGGGGCUUAAUGAACAGUACAGGUCUGGCCAGCGAGAGGAGAAGGGUAGUGGACUAGAAUUAGUGGUGAAGACCGAGCAAGAGGAGGAGUAUGACAUUAUUUCACUACAUACAUCAGGAAGUGAACAUGGCACAGAGAGAUCAGAUCAUCAGGAAACUGAGUUUGCCAUGGAUGACCGAGAGAGUCAGCUGUGGGCGUCUGUAUCAGAGAUUAACUGUGACUCUGAGGGUCCAGAUUGCUCAUAUGGUACAGAACAAUAUAGACAGGAUCUCAAUACAGACAUACAGCUUAUUCAAAGUGCUGUGGAGGGUCUGGAUAGCGAUCCAUCAUCAGAGAUGGGGUACAUAAACAGACUAAUGAAAGAAGAGAUGCGAGCACAGUCUGUUUGGAAUGACCGAAGUAGGACCUCUACAGAUUUGGUUCAUGCACAACCAGGUCAGCACAGAGAGCAAACUAUGCACCCAGAGAGAAGGGAGGAUGGAACUACUACUAGAGUGCCAUCAGACAAACAAACGCGAGCCAAUGAGAGUGGAGCAUAUUCCAACAUUUGGCUAAACAAUGUAUUCUCGUUUGCCCCAAAUGGUUUCAACUCCCCAAAAGUAGCCCCACAGGGAACCCCAGCAGGAGAGAAGCGGUUUGUUUGUACCUACUGCGGAAAGAGCUUUGACUGGGUCAGCCACUUGGAGAUGCAUCAACGGAUUCAUACGGGAGAGAAACCGUACAACUGUGUGACGUGUGGGAGGUGUUUUGCUCAGCAGAGUAAUCUCCGCACACACCAGCGAGUACACAGGGGUCUCAGAGCAAAGCCAACAGUCUACUGAUGAUUAUCACCAUGACAAGACAAUUAAGAACAUUCUAGAGAAACCAGCUGGGGCCCGCCCCACACAUUAUGAAACAACCUCAUUAACCACGUUUCCAUCCAGUUUUUAUGCGAGGAAAGUCAUACCAUAUUAAAACAAAAUCACAGCUGUGAUGUUUCAGUGCAAUUUCAUAAAUUCUGACAGAUAAUUUGUUUGUUCUACCUUUUUGUGUCUGUAAAAUGUAUUAUGUGAGAAAUGACAGUGGAAACACCUUUAUGCGCAAAUAUUUAUAUAAUAACCAUAUCAAAGUAAACUUGGAGUCACAAUUAUAUUGUGGGUGGUCCUCCCAUACGACUUGGGAAACCAUGGUUUAUUAGGCUACAGAUUCAGUUAUAAACUUCACAGCCCAAUAGGCAAAAACUAGUUGCAUCAUUGUUUCCAUGUUAUUUCAACAACAAAAAUGUAAUCUGAUGACGUUGAAUCAACCUGGAAAACUGAUUGGAUUUGCCAAAAGUCUUAACUGUAAGGAAAUGGUCUUUUUCAUCCAACUUUUAACCUAAAUCUAAUGACAUGGUGACAUUUCACAGUAGUUGACAUCAACCAAAUGUAAAUAUAAACUAGACGUUGAAAUUGUCUAUGCCCAGUGGGAAGGUGAUGAAAGUGCACGGUGAUCUUGAUGCUCCUUUCCAAUAAAUAUCGAGGGUCUUAUUCUGGUGACAUGAUCAACGCUUGACUGCCGUGCUUGACAAAUAAAAAUAUUCAUAAUCUCAUCAUGUAGACUAACCCUACCCGUACUGUAUGUGAGCUGUUGGCUAUAGCGCACAUGCCACGACCAGAGUAGGCAUAUUUGCUAUAUAACGCAACUGUUUUUGUGACCAAACUAUCGGUAGUUGAAAAUGUGAUGGGAAAAGCAUUGAACUUUAUUCAGUACAUGAAAACAAGUCAGUUUGGGGUAAACACUGGUUGGAAAUACAAAUAUUUUAUGGGGAUUCUAGAAUAUUCACAUGAAUCGCCAAUUGGAUGGAAACCUAGCUAUUGACAAAUGUUUUCUAAUGACUGAGAACAGAGUUUAUGAGAAGACAGUCAAGACACUUGCAGAAAGCAGCAGUGUUACUUUUGUCUUUCUAUUCUGUAAAGUGAGAGCAGUGCGACCCUACCACAACUGUUACACUAGUGGUGCUAAUAUACUGUAGGGAGGGAUCACAGCCUCCUGCUUGUAACCUUUUAAAAGGAACAAUGAUAUCAAGAGCCGGAUCGCCAUCGUCUUUUUAGAACUUUGCCAGAGACUAAGAAUUCUGGAGAAAAAAAACAACAGUGGACAUGCUUUUACGAAUAAACAUGAGAAUUCUCUCAAA